AUGGCUAUGUCUAAUGCUACUAUGGAAGAUUCCAUUCAACAGCCAUCAAAACAGCGCCGAUCUAGAACUGGCUGUUUGACUUGUCGAAAGAGAAAGAAGAGAUGUGAUGAGACCCGUCCAAAAUGUGGGGCUUGUGUAAGACUUGGGCUGGGAUGCGAGUAUCCAAUUCCCGGUCUUGAGAGAAAAAACAAGCCUAGAAAAUCGUCUAUUGCUGCUCCCACGAUUGCCGAAAGUGAUCGCAGAGAAACUGACUCAGAUGCCAGUAGUUUUGGUAGUCCCCAAUCUGAUGUUUCCAGUGGGAAACGGAAAAGAUCCAGUGUUUCUAGUCAUCGUGGAAGCACCGUCGGCAUCAUACCAGUUGCUAAUCAUAAUUCGAAUGGUAACACUGGCAAUAGCAUUCACGGAAGUAAUAACUCUCUUAACGAUGCUAACUACUCUUAUGACAGCUCGGUAUUCAAUCACAUGCAAAGCUUUGGCUUCACCCCUGACAUAAAAUCUGAUGUGUCUCCAAAUAUCCUGUCUUCCAUUUCUGCGACAAAUUCCGCUUUAGCUAUGGUACUAGAUCCAAAAUCAUCAUCUCCUUCUGCUGGACGGAACAAUCUGAUUCGCAUUCACGACUAUGUCCAGGAAACUGAAGACCGCCAAUAUAGCCUUUUUCGCAGCGACAUUGAUAUCAAGUUAGAUAACAAUGGCCAUGAAAACAGCAAUACCAACCUCAUUGGCGACCACCCCAGCUCUGAAAGCAGCGGUGUAGAAAGCGUCAGCAGUCAACUCGCAUAUGAAGGAGAACAGGAACUGCUCCGAAUUCUGGACCAGGAGAAAAAAGCGAGCGAAAAUACUGCCCGAGUUCACGAGCCUGGCGCAUCUGUAGCAAGCACUCAUUCUACACCCGCCAAUAAAUCUAACGAAAAUAAUGACUUAAAUGACACUACCAACAACACCAACUCCCAUAACAACUCCGACAGCAUGAACCUUGGCUUUAAUGUGAAUAUGAACCUCGAUGACCUUGAUGAUAGCACACCCAGCAAUCAAACCGAUGCCGCUCUUAUCGACUCUGUUUCCGAUAAAAUCGAUGAUGUGGUACUUUCACGUAUGCUUGCUACUGCCACGCCACGAAUCGAAGAGAUUGAUGAAUCUGGCAAAUCGAAGGAAAACGACGAUGAUAACAUGAUCAUUUCGCGAAGCCACGAGUUUUUACCACUUGACAUUCUCGGUAACCCAGCAACGCCGCCAACCUCGCUAUUAACACCACCCCCCUCGAAUUUUUUAUCGAUACGCUUGGAUGACGAUGCACAACAACUAUUUAACUAUUUCUGCACCCGACAAGCAGAUAUCAUCGCAGUGGCCCCGAACAAUUCUUUUUUAGAUGAAUUUGUGCCCAUGGCCAUGGGAAGCGAUGCUGUUCUCUACGGAAUCAUUGCAUGGGCUGGAUUCCAUAGAGACCGUGGGCACAACCAAGAUCUUGGUUAUCGGUAUUUAAACAAAGCCAUGCAAUCGGUGGUGGCUGAUUUUUCACGAGGUGACAUCACCACUCUAGCCGGUCUGCUGGUCAUCACGUCGGGUGAAAUUUGCAAUGGCGAUGUAGUUCACUGGAGCAAACAUCUUAGUUUGGCUGCUAAAAUCAUCAACAUGAAUGGCGGUUUGCGAAACUUCAUUUCCAAUAAAUCCCUUCAAUGGCUGGCUAAGAACUUUGCAUAUCAUGACAUUCUCGCUGCCUCGACUUCGACUCAGCGAAACACCCAUUUCUCUUCACUAGAAUACAGCGAAGUUCUAGACAAGUCGGACGGAGGACUGGAUACAUUACUAGGAUGUGCAGCUCCAUUAUUUCGCAUUCUUGCCGAAAUCUCGGAUCUGGCCAUUGAGACUCAUAAACUGUACAGUCAAGUGUAUGUAUCAGAAAUGGGUCUGGACACUCUUGAUUAUUUACACAACAUCCAGCGCAAGGUUGAAGAUCUCGAGAACAAAAUCUCUGUGUGUCAACCACCUCGUUCUGCCCUUCAAUCGCUGUCACCUGAGCAAGUUGAGCUGCAAAUCAAGUUUUUUGACGUUUUCAGACUGACAGCCAAAAUGCAUCUCAACCAGUCUGUGUUGCGACUCAACGCUUCAUGUGUGCAAAUGCGAUGUCUGUCGCGCCAACUUUUCGUAGCUCUGGAUUCUGUUCUCGGAACCACUGUCGAAGGUGGUCUUGUAUUCCCACUGUUCAUUGCCGGAGUGGGCUGCUGUACACCAGACGAGCGUGGCGAUAUGAUAGACCGGUUCCAUCACUAUUACGAGCGUAAUCUGGCCCGCAACAUCAGACGAGCACGCCAGCUGCUGGAAGAGGUCUGGAAAAGAGACUCCGAAGGCACCAGACACGUCCACUGGUUCGGCAUCAUCGAAAGUCGCGGCUGGGACCUCUGCUUCUCAUAA